UCCAGGGCGGAGGGAGGUGUUUAUGAAGAGCGGUUGGCGGCGGUUGGAAAUUAGUUCGAGUUGAGCCUGCGAGGGGUGAAGUUGUGACUGCUGAGCUGCGCGCUAGUGACAUCUAUUGGAAAUGGCUGACCAACUGACAGAAGAGCAGAUUGCAGAAUUCAAGGAAGCCUUCUCGCUAUUCGACAAGGAUGGUGAUGGCACCAUCACAACAAAGGAGUUGGGCACAGUGAUGAGGUCGCUUGGGCAGAACCCCACAGAGGCCGAGCUGCAGGACAUGAUCAAUGAAGUAGACGCUGAUGGUAACGGAACAAUCGACUUUCCUGAAUUCCUGACUAUGAUGGCUAGAAAAAUGAAAGACACAGAUAGUGAAGAGGAAAUCAGAGAAGCAUUCCGUGUGUUUGACAAGGAUGGAAACGGCUACAUUAGCGCUGCUGAACUCCGUCAUGUUAUGACAAAUCUGGGUGAGAAGUUAACGGACGAAGAGGUUGAUGAAAUGAUCAGGGAAGCAGACAUUGAUGGUGACGGCCAAGUAAAUUAUGAAGAGUUUGUACAAAUGAUGACAGCAAAGUGAAGAUUGUACAGAAUGUGUUAAAUUUCUUGUACAAAGAUGUUUAUUUGCCUUUCUUUGUUUGUAACUUAUCUGUAAAAUGUUUCCCCUUACUGUCAAAAAAAUGCAUGUAUAGUAAUUUAGAAUUCCAUUCAUGUUUCCCAUAUUCCUGUCACUGUCUUUCUUAAACUUUUUAUUCUUUUGGUUUUCCAUGGAAAGUUGAUCAAGUAACAAAUGCUGCAUGUGGCUUACUCUGGAUUUUACCAAAGCCCUUUGUGCACAUGGAAGACCUUGAUGAAUUUAGUUACAUGGGAACAUUGGGGCUCUUCAGUUUUAAUUUUUUUACUUCCUGCCCCCUCUCAAAGUUGGAUUUCUUCAAGUAACUUGUCUGCUUGUUGGAAUGUGGAGUAAACUACUCAAAACUACAGAUAGUUAACAAUAUUGAACUUAUGUUGCACUAAUGCAAAGCUGGUAUAUCCAGAUACAUGUCUUGUUUUCUCCUUCCACCCUUCCUGCCUUUUCCUCCUGUAUUGUUUGCUCCAAACCUGGAACAUCUUCACAUGCUUACAAUUUUUUUUUUUUUCUUUGAAUUACACUGAUGUGAGGGGUCUGCAUAGCAUUACCCAGCAGUGAGUUGUAAGCUCCUUCACCAGUUUAAGGUUUACUUUGGUUUAGCCACUUUUCAGAAGAACCUGCUUAUGGCACAAUUUGCCUCAAAUCCAUUCCAAGUUGUAUAUUUGUUUUCCAAUAAAAACAAAAAAGUCAA